UAAUUUAUAAUUAAUUCAUAUGGUUGCUUCUAUUUCUCUCUCUACUAUUUCCUCCUUCAACCUUUCCUCUCUCUUUGUCUUCCUCCUUGGUUUAGAUUCUAGGGUUUGGUUUUUUGGUUUCUUGCUGCUUUUGAUAUGAUUAUUUGAUUAUAUAUAUAAAUAUAUUAGGUGAUUUUUUAUUAGGGUUUCGAUUGUUUUUGUUUAAUUUUAAUUUUCUUGCUUUAAUUUGGUGCUUGUAGUACUUUUUUGUUGUAUGUAAUAAUGGCUGGCUUGGACUUGGGAUCGGCUUCGCACUUCGCGGCUCAGUUCCACCGGCCGGAGCUUCAUCUGCGGCGGCCGCUGCCGGCGGAGGACCACGAAUCCAAUAGGGAUCAAUUUUCCGGCGAGAAUACGGACGACCACUCAUAUCCAGGGCUGGACCUGGUCACGAAUUCCGACGGCGGGGACGCGUCGGCGCGUCGGCCGCGUGGGCGGCCGCCGGGGUCGAAGAACAAGCCGAAGCCGCCGGUCAUAAUCACGCGCGAGAGUGCCAACACGCUCCGGGCGCAUAUACUGGAGGUCAGCGGCGGCUGCGACGUCUUCGAGGCGGUGGCGACCUACGCGCGGCGGCGGCAGCGGGGGAUUUGCAUCCUGAGCGGCACCGGGACGGUCAACAACGUCAGCCUGCGGCAGCCGGCGGCGGCCGGCGGGGUCGUGGCGCUACACGGCCGGUUCGAGAUUCUCUCGCUGUCCGGUUCAUUUCUGCCGCCGCCGGCCCCGCCCGGCGCCACCAGCCUCACCAUAUACCUCGCCGGCGGCCAGGGGCAGGUCGUCGGAGGGAAUGUUAUGGGAGCUUUGAUCGCGUCGGGGCCGGUCAUCAUCAUCGCCGCGUCUUUCACCAACGUCGCCUACGAACGCCUGCCGCUCGACGAGGACGACGGCCUGCAGAUGCAGCCGCCGCCGUCUCAGCCGCCCGGCGGUGGCGGUGACGGGGAGGGUCAGUUCCCCGAUCCGUCUCUGGGGCUUCCAUUCUUCAAUUUGCCAUUGAAUAUGCCGAACGGACAGAUGCCGGCGAUGGACGGCGCGUGGGCGGGGAAUACCUCCGGCGGCGGCGGCGGGCGGCAGCAGUUUUAGGAGAAGUAAGGUCAGAACAAAUAUCAGCCGUAGAUUAUCUUUUUCUUCAACAUCAUCGUCUUCACCCAAAAAUCGUGUAAAUUUAGGUCAUUAUUGUUACUCCACUUUGCUUUUUUUUUUUUUUUCUCUUUUUUUGGGUUGUGAUUUUAAAACAAACAUUGCACUUUCAUCGUAUUUAAUUUCCUUCGAUUUGUUGGAUUUCUUUUGAUAAAAUU